UCUGUGAGCAGCUGCUGCAGGUCUGAGCUCCGGCGGGCGGGGGCGCACACGGCCCCUAGCCGGCGUCUGAAUGAGAGAGAGUGUGAGUGAGAGGAGGGAUAGAUCGACAGAGAGCGAGCAGCGGGCCGGAGAUACGGGGAGCGGCGUACACACUGACCCCGGGACUGGGGGGGGCUCACACAGCACCGGACAGGAUGGUGCACCCAUGGAGAUGAAAUGAUCGUCAUAUCAAGGAGGGGGUAAGCACUGAUGGUGCCCAAAGGAUGGACUUUAUGAAUGGCCAAUCGAGCAGCACUGCUGUACCAGCAACUGCAUCAGAGAAGAGCAGCAGCUCUGAGUCAUUAAGUGACAAAGGCUCUUCUGAGUUAAAGAAAAGCUUUGAUGCGGUUGUGUUCGACGUCCUCAUGGUCACUCCAGAAGAAUAUGCUGGUCAGAUAACACUAAUGGAUGUUCCAGUCUUUAAAGCAAUUCAGCCAGAGGAGUUAUCAAGCUGUGGUUGGAAUAAGAAGGAAAAGUACAGUUCUGCACCAAAUGCUGUGGCCUUUACAAGACGUUUCAAUCAGGUGAGCUUUUGGGUAGUCAGAGAGAUCCUUCAUGCACAGACACUAAAAAUUCGUGCUGAGGUUUUGAGCCAUUACAUUAAAACUGCGAAGAAACUCUAUGAAUUAAACAAUCUUCAUGCAUUAAUGGCCGUGGUAUCUGGUUUACAGAGCGCACCUGUCUUCAGACUUACAAAAACAUGGGCACUUUUAAGUCGGAAGGAUAAGACCACCUUCGAGAAAUUGGAAUAUGUAGUUAGUAAAGAAGAUAAUUACAAACGGCUUAGGGACUACAUCAAUAGUUUGAAGAUGACUCCAUGUAUUCCAUACUUGGGUAUUUACCUCUCAGACCUCACGUACAUAGACUCUGCAUACCCAUCUACUGGCAGCAUUUUGGAAAACGAGCAGAGAUCGAAUUUAAUGAACAAUAUUCUGAGGAUCAUCUCUGACUUACAACAGUCCUGCGAAUAUGAAAUCCCUUUGCUGUCUCAUGUGCAGAAAUACCUGAACUCUGUACGCUACAUCGAGGAGCUUCAGAAAUUUGUAGAGGAUGACAAUUACAAAUUAUCCUUAAAAAUUGAACCCGGGACCAGCACUCCUCGUUCUGCAGCUUCAAGAGAAGACUUAGUGGGUUCCGAGGUUGGCGCUUCACCUCAAAAUUCUCGUAAGAGCAUUCCAGUGGAAGGAGUGUUACUACCACCAACACCACCUUCUCCACGAAACCUGAUCCCCCAUGGACAUCGCAAGUGUCAUAGUCUUGGAUACAAUUUCAUCCAUAAAAUGAACACAGCAGAGUUUAAAAGUGCGACCUUCCCCAAUGCUGGACCGCGGCACCUUCUAGAUGACAGUGUUAUGGAACCUCAGACACCCUCACGAGGACAGGCUGAAAGUUCCACACUUUCUAGUGGAAUAUCCAUAGGAAGCAGUGAUGGCUCAGAGAUCAGUGAAGAUAUGUCAUGGCCAGCGUUUGAAAGGACAAGGUUAUACCACUCUAUGGGUCCAAUGACAAGAGGGGCAUGGAAUGGAUACCGAGGCGCAGUGAAAUCUGGAAGGACUCCACGCAUUCUGCAUUCUAUACGCAGACUCAGGAUGUCAUCCUUAACUCGGGGCUGCGUUCAGCUGCGCAGUUCCAGUUCUGCUGAGUCAACAGAGCUGGCUGUGCACUUAUAUCCUGGAGUGGUAACCAUUCAGGGGGUUCUACGGAGGAAAACGCUGUUAAAAGAAGGGAAAAAACCAACAGUUGCAUCUUGGACCAAAUACUGGGCUGUACUGUGCGGUACACAAUUGCUUUACUAUGCAGCAAAAUCCCUGAAAGCCACAGAGAGAAAACAUUUCAAAUCCACAUCAACAAAAAAUGUAUCCGUAUUGGGCUGGAUGGUGAUGAUGGCUGACGACCCUGAACAUCCUGAUCUCUUUCUAUUAACAGACUCUGAGAAGGGAAACUCAUACAAAUUCCAGGCCGGUAACCGAGUAAACGCCAUGCUAUGGUUUAAACAUCUUAGUGCUGCUUGCCAAAGCAACAGACAACAGGUUCCUGCUAACCUGAUGACUUUUGAGUGAUGCACCUCUCACUAGGAGUGUCUUAAGAUUGUGGAAUAUAACAAACCCCCUUUCUUAAGUCACAAACCUGAAUGGCAGAGAGCAGAGGGGGAUUGGAGUGAUGAGCCAUACUUUACAAGAUUUUGCAUCAUUUUUCUUGGCAACAGCACCUUAGAGCAAUGAACAAAACAGAUUUAACUUGCAGCACUGACAACCAGAAGCAGGAAGCAAGCAACUUCUCAUCACCACAUCUGUUCAUUUCCCUUGGUGGGAAAUCAAGCAAACCUGAACAUGUGGGCAGUAUCAGCCAUGGACCUCAUAUUGAGACAGCCUAUGUAUAUACAGAUAGAUUUUUCUUUUCCUUAAACGUUUCACUGAACCAGUCUGUGCAAACCACUGCCUUAAAGACAAACAAAAAGAAAUGUGUUGAACUUCAACACCAAAUAGUGUGUGCAAGCGAGUGCAUUCACAUGUGUGUUACACAACAUUUUGUGACUUUGAAUUGAGUUUGUUUUUAACUUUGAAUAACUGUCAGACUCACUGUUUGGAGGAGGGGAAUGAAUGUGGUCUUUUGUGGGGUU